CAUAGACUGAAAAGAAUUUUGUGAUGACAAUAAUGGCAGGAAUCCAUAAUCCAUGACCACCAGCAUGGAGAAAUCAAUCACUAGCAAAUGUAAACAGCUGAUAGUGGCUGCCAUAGACUUUGGCACCACUUUCUCUGGGUACGCCUUUUCUUUUCGAGACAACUGGGGUAAGGUCCUGACAAAUAACUGGCAAGGCGGCUCACUGAUUUCUCACAAAGCUCCCACUGUGCUUCUACUGAACAGUAAAGCGGAGUUUGUGGCCUUUGGGUAUGAUGCCGAGGAUAAGUACGCUGGUCUGACAGAGGAUGGGGAACAUGAAGACCACUACUUGUUCCAGAGGUUCAAAAUGAUUCUGCAUCAGGACCAGGAAUUGAAUAGAGGAGUAAAAUGUCAGGAUGUGAGUGGGAAGGAAUUAGAAGCUAGUCAAGUGUUUGCUCACUGCAUCAGAUAUUUAAAGAAGCACCUGAUGGACGAGAUUAACAAGAGUACGCUGGGCACCACAGAUUCCGAUAUCGAGUUCGUAUUGACGGUACCCGCAAUCUGGGGGGACAAGGCCAAGAUGUUCAUGAGGGAGGCUGCAGUAAAGGCUGGAAUCAAGGCAGAACAUUUGAUAAUGGCCCUAGAGCCAGAAGCUGCUUCAAUAUAUUGUCAACAUCUUCCUUUUGAAAAGCAAGAUUUAUCUGCCACAACACUAGGAGUUGUCAAACCUGGAACAAAAUACAUGGUGGUGGAUCUAGGAGGAGGAACAGCAGAUAUAACUAUCCAUCAGAAAGCAGAGGAUAAUACCCUAGAAGAACUAAUGCCGGCUAGUGGGGGUCCCUGGGGGGGAAAGUCAGUGGACGACGCCUUCAUGAAAUUUCUCACCGACCUGGCAGGUGAAAAGGCCAUGAACAAUUUAAAGGAAGAAAGCAUGGAAGAUUAUGUGGAAAUUCUCAGAAGUUUUGAAACUAAGAAAAGAACUAUUUUACCUGAGAAAGAAGGUAACACAACCAUGACAAUUCCGCAGUCGUACUUUAACCAUAGUAAGAAGUGUCAUAAGGUGAAGGACUUCAAGGACAUAAUAGACAACAAUUCAAUAAGUAAAGGGAGGGUGUCAUGUGCAGCAGGAAAACUCAAGUGGAAAAAUGAACACUUCAGGGAAUUUUUCAAAAAAACAAUUGACAGUAUUAUCAAACACAUAGAUGAAUUAUUUCACGAAAAACUGGUCCGAGAUGUAGGUAUUAUUUUAAUGGUUGGAGGCUUUUCAGAAUGUGAACUUGUACAAAAAGCAAUUAAAGACCAUUUUAAAGAUAAACGAGUGAUAAUCCCAGAGGAAGCAGGGUUAGCCGUGGUGAAGGGGGCAGUAUAUUUUGGUCACGUACCUCAGGCAAUCUCCCGCCGAUCAGCAAGGUACACUUAUGGAAUCCAGACUUGGCCAGAAUUCAAUGAUAAAAUACAUCCCCAAAACAAGAGAAUUGUUAUCAAUGGAAAACCUCGAUGCAAAGAUGUUUUCUUCAAGUAUGUUAAAAAGGGAGAGCGGAUCACCCCAGGUUUCUCGAAGUCGCAGAUAUUCCAGGCCCUGGGUGCUGGUGAUGAGGGACUUGAGUGUGCCGUGUUUAUCUCAGAUAACCCCGACCCUAAGUUUGUAGAUGACAAGGACUGUAGAAGACUUGGAAUCCUCAAGGUCCCCAUAUCAAAGAGAGAUACAUCGUACUCAGACAUGCAUGUAGAAAUUGAGGAGACUAUGAUAUUUGGAGAGACUGAGUUAAGAGUGAGAGCUAAGGAUCUCUAUACUGGUACUGUACAGGAGGUCAUAUUUGAUUUGUUAAAAGAGUAGAACCUUCUUAA